GUCGCUCGCUUACCAAAGCGGAAGUACACGGACGCCGUUGGCCUCAAUGCCUCGCCUUCAAGCCCUCUCUCUUCGGAGGAGAGGCGUUCGACUCUGGAAGAGAACGAAGUUCCCGUGGGUAGGCUUAGUACAUCCUCCCCGUCAGAAGCGCCGGAAACCGGGCGCGACGAAGGACCAGACAGCGACACCCAGGAAAAUAAGGUCGACGCCGCUGAAGACGAGAGGAUCCAAUCGGAGCUUCGCCGACGUCACUCCAACCACGGAACGUUUGUGGUCGUCAAAGACGCAAUGUCGGUUCCCGCGUACGAGAGCUCGACCUCUGCAGGAUCAGUCAGCGAACGCGGGAGCCCGCAACCUGCUUCGACGCAAAACAUUCCCAAGCGUGAAGACCUGUGCCCAGAGAGGUACCAAUCGCACAACCUGGGUGAUGCUACGCGGCCAGGCUUAGAUCUAGAACCCAAGGGACAGCGCGAAGCCGUUGCCUCUAAUGUGGACGAGCUAUGCGUCGAUAUGUUCGAGAAGCCGUUCUUAGCGGAGCUGGAUGCGCCUUUUCGGGAGACCAUGUCGUCCGGCCCCUCCAGGCUAAGGUCUCUGGGAGAAUCCUGGAUCUCGCAAGUGCACCGAGAUAUGACAGAUGUCUCGUCCCCGCAGAAAAACACGGUGCUGGCGGUGCUGACACGAGAGAUGGCAAGAGAUGCUUCGGAGUAUGCCAGGACCAAAGAAACGGCAUCUGGGGUCAGCGCCAAGGGGCCCCGACGCUCAAUCCCAGUGACUGAGAUCGUCUGGGCCUUAGAUGAUGAAAAGCAGCCGCGGGAAGCCAUCGAUAUUUCCGCAUUGGUGCCAUCUUCCAGCUGUUCGAUGAAGCUAGGAGCACAAACUUUGGGUUCUAGUGCACCUGUUGAUGGCGAAAAGUUCUCCAGCAGCGAUGAUGUCCCGCAUGCUCCAGGAGCUGUAUGGACGCUCCGUUCCGAGAAUCCCAUAUCCAUAGGACCGUCAAGGUUUACACAGAAGCCCCCAGAAAGCAAGACGCAGAUGCAUCUCCCCUUGUCGGUGCUGUGCAUACCAUUUCUGAUCGUCAUGUCUGUCCUCAUAGCACUGAUAUUUUCGAGAAGGCCCACCCGUUCGCCGGCACCACCAAAGACUGGUCUGUUUCAGGAGUUGGUCAAGUACUGCGGCGCAAGUAAAGCUUGCAGUCAAGCUGUGGAUGCCAUCGCAGACACAGCAGACCUUGCGACAGACCCUUGCGUCGACUUCUACCAGUUCGCAUGUGGCCGGUGGCGCGCAUGGAACCAGGAAAGACCUGGCUACCGACGCGAGGGCGAAGAAAACUACACCCUAAGUAUUCGCAAAGCGCUACUGAGCCUCCUUGGCGAUUCCGACGAGGGGCGCAAUGGUGACAUUCAGAGCGGAGAGGCCAUGAACAUGGCGGCAUUCUAUGACAGUUGUCGCAAAUUCCGCCGAGAAGCCGCUCGAGGUGCACCCGUGACCGACGUCAUCACCACGAUGGGCUUCAACGGAUCAUCCGACGGAGAGGACACCACCUCGAUGGAAACUUUUCAAGACCUGCUGGACUUCAUCGUCGCCAACAGCCUGAACAGCGGCUUAGCGUCGGUCGUAUCGGUAACCUUAAGACGGCACAUGAUCUGUCUGGACGCGGGGCAAACGCUUCGUUCGACGUUGGGAGAAGAUCACGUCUUGGAAUUUCUGAACGCGACCUUCGGAGUCGACGGUCUCAGGGCCGAUGAACGCGACGUCGACGUUCUGUACCACCUCGACGGCCAAAUUCACAGCCGACGGUCGCUAUUUAACCUGUCACUGCCUUUCGACAGGACUCCCCUUAGCGACGUGGAACUGCCAUUCCAGGGAGUCAGCUGGGCCGACGCUCUUAACAGGGCAUCACCUGAAAGCCUUGUGCGGUACUCACCACAAAGUCCCGUAGAGUCUCGCGGGAUGGCGUACAUUCAAGAGGUCGUGAUUCUUCUAUCCCGCAUCACGCUGGAAAGAGCUCGCCUCUACGCGUCGGCCGUUUUGUUGGCGCAGGUGAUUAAGUACGUCUACCUUAUUCGCGGCAAGGUUCCGUCCGAAAGUCCGACUGGCGGCAUCGACACGUGCCUUGAAAUCACUGGCGGACACUUUAAAGACCUGCUGCCCUACUGGAUUAGUGCAACGUUAGUGCCAACAGAAGCUGCCGAGUCCUUCGUGGAAAUGGUGAAACGCAUCCAAGACACUACCCUGAGAACGUGCGCCACGUUUACGAAAAUAGGCAUCGACUGCAGGAACUUUGCUAAACUCAACGUAUCGUUUAUUGGCUCGGCCGAAAGCUUCGCCGCACUUCAAAAGCAACCACGCAAUUUUUCGUCGGCGAGCCCCUACGGCGAACACUUCCUGACGAACGUGGUCAGGGCGAGUCGAGACCACGUGGGCAUCGACUACGAGGACGGCGCCGUUAAACGCCAACUCCUCGGCCGGCUCGUCUUUCCCGACCACGGCGGUGCAAGUUUAUUCGUCGCCGUGCCAGCAAACUUCCUCGUGCCGGACGCCUUCGCUGGUGACGACUCGCUGCCGUUCCUGGACUACGCAACCGUCGGCGUGCGACUGCUGCUCGACUGGGUCGAGGCCCAGUUCACCGAAACCGCAGCCGUGGAACACGCGUCCACCCUUAAUGUUACACUGCCUUGCGUUCGCGACGCCGCACAUGCACUUUUCGGCAGGAACGUCGGAGAGGAAGAGGCGCGCCUUCUGGUCUUCACCGACUCGGCCCUGGAUGUGGUGUUAACGGCGACUGAGUGGGACUUGCGGAGUGUCUACAACACCGGCAACGCUUCGUCGACUACAGCGCAAUCGCCGUUGGCGAAGAAAGAGAGUCGUCAGCUGUUUUACCUUCGCUUCUGUCACACGCUGUGCGGUGAACAAAGCUCCCUGGCGAGCGCUUGCCGUUACAUAGCCUCAUACAGCAAGGAAUUUGCUGCCGCGUUUAGCUGUCGUGAGCCAGUGUCCUUGCAGUGUUAGUGUAAAGUGAACCUUUCUUAAUUUUUACUAUCAUAUGCAUACUCGAUGUUAUUGCUUGCGACUUUCUCAACGCCGUUUGUUUCGUUUGUAUGAUGGCUAAAAUCUAUCAUGGCUACUUUGAGAUCGCAUCUGUGAGAACAUGCGGCUACGAUUUAUCUAUGUGGUGUUUCUAAUGUCCGUCCCACAAAUUUCCAAAUGGCUUGGUGUUCACAUCUGUAUGGACAUGCGGCUACGAGUUCUGUCAUAGCAGCAGGCAGAAAUUAUCUUUCUUUUGCCGUCGUAUUUUGUCGGUACAAGUCACACAUAAUAUCAUUAAUGACGUGUGCGGCUGCGUGUUUGACGCAACCCAUGAACUAUUGCACUUUUUGGGUUGUGUGAGAACAUGAAUACACGACACUGAGCUCAAAUUCCAAGAGCCCUAGUACUGGCCUGUCACAGGAAGGCAAUAAUCGUUGAAAGUUUGAAUGCUUAUACCGCAAUAUAUAUUCGUGAAAGCACAAAAGGGUAACAGUGUGGUAUCGUUGAAGACACCAAUAAAUAGAUCAAUCUUCAAAAUAGCCCAUAUAGCCAUACUUUUGAUCUCUUAGUGCAGUCCUCAAGCCGCAUAUCAGCUGUCACGACAAUAUCAUAUCAUAUGCAUCGCAUAUCGAUAUGCAUAUCGCAUAUCAGCUGUCUCGACGCGACAUAAGUAUUCCGUAACAGUGCUCGCUGCACAUUAUUGUCGUAGUUGUUAUCUGUCAUAUCUACCACUAGGCCAGAGGCUCGGUUGAUACUUCCACUACAAUUUUAAUCGAAUGCUGUGUAUCACUAACCUUUCAUAGUUUUUUCGGCGUCCGGCAACAGAAAAAAUCAUAGUGUGGGGCGAUCCUGGUGAUGGUGCAGAAAGGGUGCAAGCUCAAUGGAACAUACCCCUGUGGGCUCGGAAAACAGCUGGCUCCGUUGCCGCUCAUCAUUCCAGCCUAGAAUUCACUCUUCUUCUGUCACCGUAAUUGGGAUGUGGUGUCUACGGUAGUAUGAGCCAGUUAUUAAGGGGGUGUGAGCCAUUUAACAGCUGCGUUAUCGAUGCGGCGGACACGUAUAGUUCGCACACACGAAGAACAACAUGCGUACGAGGAGCGCCGGAGGGAACAGCAACGAGAAUGUGAACGGCGCCGGCGCGAAACGACCACCGACGAAGAACGUUCCCGCGAUGCUGAACGAAAACGACAAUCGCGAGCCCGGGCACCCCCGAACGAGCUACGACGCCAGACUCCCAACGCAAUACGGUGGCACAGUUAUCGGAUGGACCGUGGGAACGACUUCACAAGGUGCGGAUGCUAAGUUCCGACGAGACUUUCUGGAUAAACAUUUCGGAUUUAGUUGCAGAGUGUGCGACCGUCUGUGGUUCGAGAACGACCUGACGAGGAUCGGAAAUGUAAGAGACGUGACUAAUCGGUACCGUGCGCUACAGGUACGGUGGCAUACAUUCCCACUCGUUCCCGGCGGCGUGGCCGACUUCAAAGUGUGUGGGACGAGCAAGGAACCUCAUGAAAAGCAAAGUGUGAAGAUGGAAUGGCAGCAAAAGGACUUUGCUUUUCGUUUGAGAGCUUUGACUGUCGUCAGCUUUCGCUACCAUUCCAUCUUCACAGAGUGGAAUGUUUGUCAUUUUUUCUAUAUUUUUGGAACAUACUUUUCAAAACACAUAGCAGUCACACUUAGAGUACUAAGCAUAAAGUAGUCGCUGAGAUAAAGCUCCCAUAAUUCAUAGCUUGCAACAGCAGUAGUAAUUCUACAAUAUAAAUAUACCGUACUAGAAGACAAACUUCGGCGAGUUGGUGGCGAUCCAUGUUUAGGAAAUUACCAGCGCAAUACCGCCAAGAACUAAAGAAAAGAAGAACACGACCGCGCCUGUGUCGUGUUGUUUUCUUUCGUCCUUGUCUGUAUUGCGCUGUUAAUUUCCGAAACAUGAAAACAUACACCGCUUUGCAUUGAACCUUGCUCACGAAAAUGCGACACCACGGAUUUAAAAUAAUGUUGCUGAACGCAUCAACAAUUACGCGUUAUUUCGUACCUCCUCACGUAACUUUAAUGUCACAAACGUGAAUAAAGAGGAAACAAUGGAUUCUA